AUGAAGUUCUUCAUCACCCUCGCUGCCCUUGCCUGCCUCGUCAGCCUCGUCAUUGCUGACAUUGCCACCGUCCUCAGGGAUGUCGACGAUGUCAACGCCAAGCUGGCCGUCCUCAACAAGAGCCUGCAGUCUUCCGACGGCACCAACUACAUUGCCGACCUGGCCGUGGGCGGCGACGUCGACAAGCUGGUCACGUCGCUCAACAAGGCCACCAAGGACAUCGGCGCCAUGCGCGUCGUCUCGGUCGCCCAGGCCGACCAGGUGCUCAGCAAGCUGCAGGUGUCCAAGAGGACGGCCACCAUCGCCAUCAACCGCCUGAUCGCCAUCAAGCCCAACUACCAGAAGGCCAUGGUCCUCGGCCUUGUUCAGGGCCACGUCUCCAAGAUGGCCACCGCCGUCAACACCUUUGCCAACGCCGCCGUUGCCAAGACGCCCGCCGCCAGGAAGGCCAAGGCUAUUGCCCUCAAGAACGCCAUCGUCGCCGACAUCACCCGCGGCCAGAAGGCCUACGCCUGA